AUGUCUGCGCCAAGAGGUCGUGGUGGAGGUGGCGGUCGUGGACGAGGCGGUGGUCCAGGUGGCAGCAGCAGGGGAGGGGACAGCAGCAGCGGCUCUGGCAGUCGUGGCACCUCUUUUCGCGGCAGGCGUCCCUUCGAAUCCACCAGCGGUUCGCGAGGUUCGUCUUCCCGUGGAGGCUCGCCACAACGUGGAGGCCCUGGUGGUUUUAACAAGCGCUCUCAGUCAGCUCCGGCCGCUAUCUUUGGCGAUCCAAACAGGGUUCCCCAGCCGGAUCAGAAUGUGACGAAGACCGAGAACACAGUGGUCAAGGACCUUUCGACGUCCUUCGCUCGCAUCUCAACCGAGGACAAGCUCGCCAGGCGUCCCGACUACGGCACUUGUGGUCGUGAGACCAUCGUCUACACUAAUUACUUCCCGCUGCACGUUGCUGCACAAUGUCCCGACAUAUACCGCUAUGCCGUGUCCUUCCAACCCGAAGAGCAGGCAAAACGCAAGAAGAGGAGGUACAUUGAGAUCUUGCUCCAGGAUCCCGUUUUCCAGGGAGUCAUGGUCGCAACCGACUAUUCCCAGGUCAUCGUUACCAACAAAAGAGUACCUCUGAGCGAAGGCACGCAUAACCGCAAGGCCAUUGAAGUCCAAUGGUACCCUCCUGACGGUGAGCCCAUCUCGGAGUCUGACGAAUCCGAGAAGGCUCAAGUGGCUCGCAAGAAGGCCACGAAGACUCUUCUAGUUGAGGAACUCGGUACGGUUUCUCUCCUUGAACUAAUCAAGUCGUUGACAUCCACCGGCGCCGGCGCCUACUAUCCGCUAAAGGAUGAGGCAAUCCAAGCUCUCAACGUCAUCCUGGCUCGCGGCCCGCACGUUGCUCAGAACAUGGUUGCAGUAGGCCAGAACAAGUUCUAUCCGGUGGGAAAGCACCCGCUCACCGAAGCAUGGAGCCUCUCAGAGGGCUUGCAGGCCCUACGCGGCUACUUCUCGAGUGCGCGGACUAGUGUGAACCGCAUCUUGGUCAACAUCAACGUGUCGACCUCUGCCUUCUACAAACCUGGUAACCUGCUCGAACUCAUGCAGGAUUACCUCGGCCCCACCAACAGGAGUCCAAGCCAUCUCAUGAAGCUCGAGGCUUUCCUGAGACUCCUUCGUGUUGAAACUCAUUACAUGUUGGCGAGGGACGGCAGUGGCAAACGGAUUCGCAAGAUCAAGACGAUUUACGGCCUUGCGCGAUCGAACAACGACUCGAAAGGGACUUGGCCCCACGCUGCCAAUGCGCAGCAAGUCAAGUUCAGCUACACCGAUCCCGAUGGCAAGGUGUCUUUGAUCUCCGUGGAAGAAUACUACGCCCGUGUCCACCAAAUUACUCUCAAGGUUCCAACAUCCCCGGUUGUCAACGUCGGUAACCGCGACAACCCAUCGUACAUCCCUCCGGAGUUGUGUGAAGUCCUUCCUGGCCAGGUCGCUGGACGGAUGUUGAGCGCCAACCAGACCCGCCUGAUGAUUGAGUUUGCAGCAAGGCCGCCCAAUCACAAUGCUACCUCAAUCACCCAGCAGGGGUUGGAGGUGAUGCAGGUCAAACAGAACGAUGCGCUCUCGGCCUUCGGCAUCAACAUUGGUGGCAAUCUGCUUACAGUUCAGGCCCGCAUCUUGCCUGUUCCCAAAUUGCAGUACGCUGGCAAGGAGCAGCAACCGGAAAAUGGCAAGUGGAAUCUGGCCCGCGUCAGGUACACCAAGCCGGCAGCAAUCCAAUCUUGGGGAUGUUUGGUUAUCGAAGAACGCGGUAGGCCGAUUUUCCAGUCUCAAGAGCAGGCCUUGGACUUGGUCAGCACCUUCAAGUCCGCCCUUCAGUCGUACGGCCUUCGGAUGGACGAUCCUCAGCCGCCUGCGAAGAUCGCCAUUUCUUGGCCGUACAAUGCCAGCGAAAUCACCGAGGUUGUCUCCGCCAAGCUCGCGCAGAUGGUCAAGAUGCGCAUUGGCUUGCUGCUGGUCCUGCUUCCUUCGGACAAUACCGUGUUGUACGAUACGAUCAAGUACCAGGGAGACGUCCGCUUCGGCGUUGCUACCGUAUGCACCAUCGCGAAGAAGAUUCUCAACCAGCGCGGCCAGGCCCAAUACAUGGCAAACGUCGGCUUGAAGUUCAACUUGAAAUGCGGUGGUGUCAACCAUGACAUGCGCAUUCAGCAAUUGGCGCCACUUGACAACAAAACGAUCCUCAUUGGAAUCGACGUAUCGCACCCUGUUCCCGGCAGUUCGGACAGUGCGCCCAGCAUCACUGGUGUUGUCGGCUCGGUUGAUUCACAGUUCAACAACUACCCGGCUUCGAUCCGUACGCAGACUGGUCGUCAAGAGAUGGUCGAUUCGAACGACCUGACUGAGAUGAUUGUCGAGCGUUUCGAACUCUGGAGGAAGCGCAACGGAAACACCCUCCCCAACAAGGUCAUUGUUUACCGUGAUGGUGUUUCAGAAGGCCAGUACCCGGUCGUCCUGCGCGAGGAAUGGCCCAGCUUUGCUGAGGCGUACAAGAAGCUGUAUGGCGCAGAAAAGAACUUCCCAAAGUCUUCCCUUGUCAUCUGCACCAAGCGUGGCCACACUCGCUUUUAUCCUACGAAGCCCGAAGACUCGGAAGGUCGCAAUCUCAACGUAAAACCGGGCACCGUGGUCGACCGCGGCAUUACCGGCGAGCGUCUGUUCGAUUUCUUCUUGGUCGCUCACGCCGGACUGCAGGGCACGUCGAAGCCGGCCCACUACAUCUGCUUGAGAGAUGAAAACAAGCUCGGGGCCGACCAGCUUCAAAGAAUCACGCACAACCUGUGUUACGUGUAUGGUCGUGCCACUCGAGCUGUUUCAGUGUGCCCCCCGGCGUACUACGCCGACCUGGUGUGCGAGCGCGGACGCUCGUAUCUCCACUCCUUCUUGAAAGAAAACACGAACGUCUCCUAUGACCGGUCGCGCCACUGGAGUCGCGGCGUGCACGACCGGCUCAAGGACACCAUGUUUUACCUGUAA